GCGCCGAGUGCGGAGCGAAGAGACGCGCUGCAUACCAACAGUGGCAUACGGACACGGACCAGACUCAUUUUGGGUCAGGACGCACGGACCCUCCCCCUCGCCCCAUCCCCUUCUUAGCCCAAAAACUGACUUAUCAUUCGGUUAUUGGACGGCUUUUUUUUUCUUUACAUCUUUGCUUCUCAUGCGUUUUCUGAACAAAUCUCUCUGCAUAGAGAUAAAACUAAGUGUCUGGAAUAUUAGUUCACCCUGCUCCAAUCUUUUUCAGAUUUAGAGAGUCUACACUGGGUAGAUAAACAGCCCUGUCAGUCUCUCUCUGGCGGGAGUCAUCCGAAAAGUCAAGUGUGAUGUUUUCGACAACUCACAUGUAGAAUCGCUGGACUAACGCUGCUGACAUACAUCCACUGGGUUGUUUUUAUAAAUAGAUCCCCCUCGGCGGUUCCCUAAGGUUGGAAUAUCGUGGCAUUUGGCUUGGUAAGAAGAAGAAGAAGAAGAAGAAAAAAAAAAGAGCAAGCAGCAGUAAAUCAAUCAGAACUCCAUCAUGGGCUACCCUCUCUUGCGGAACGCAUUUGCUGGUUUGAUCCUGGUUCUGCUGUCAAAGGGGUCCAGUGUGCACGGAGCAGAAUUCGGACACCUGCCGGACAACAUUACAGUUUUGGAAGGCCAAAGUGUCACUUUGAGAUGUCGGAUCGACGAGGAGGUGACCCACAAAGCCUGGCUGAACCGCUCCAAUAUCCUUUUCACAGGGACAGAUAAAUGGUCGCUGGACAAGCGUGUGACGCUGGUCAACAGCAACAACAGUGAUUUCUCCAUUCACAUCGACAAAGUGCAAGUAACAGACGAGGGACCCUACACCUGCACCUUCCAGGCCAAUAACAAGCCUCGCAUCGCUAAUGUCUACCUCAUCGUCCAAGUGCCGGCAAGAAUCGUCAAUAUCUCGAAAAAUGUGUCGGUAAACGAGGGAGAGAAUGUAAACCUUUAUUGUCUGGCAGUCGGUCGACCUGAACCUACUGUCACCUGGAAGGACCAGAAAUAUGGGCUGGUGAGUGAAGGGGAGUUCCUAGACAUUACAGAGAUCAAGAGGCAGCAGGCCGAGGACUAUGAAUGCAUCACUAACAACGGUGUAGCUCCACCUGACCAGCGCAAGGUCAAAGUCACAGUGAACUAUUCUCCCAUGAUCACAGACAUGAAAAACAUGCCAGCCCAUUUGGGGAAGACAGCCAUCUUGCGUUGUGAAGCAAUGGCGGUCCCACCAGCCUCCUUUGAGUGGUACAGAGAUGACCACCGGCCGGUAGAGAAUGACAACACCUUGAGGAUCAAAAACGAGAAAACUCGCUCGCUGUUGUUGUUCACCAAUGUGACGGAGAAGCACUUUGGCAACUAUACUUGCUUUGCCUCGAACCGUCUGGGUGUUUCCAACGUCAGCAUGCUGCUGUUUCGACCGGGUGCCCUUCAGGGGCGAGGGGCUGGUUUACAUGCAGGAAUGAGCAUUUGUGCAUGGGUUUCCCUCUCUGCUGUUCUUCUGCUAAAGGUGUAAUGAUCGUGCUUCGUUUGGAAUCGUCCUUAAACAUCCCUGAGAGUCCGACUUCUCCUUUCGUUCCCUCUCUGCCCCACUACAGAAGGAAAAAGGAAAUUAAAUUCUUUAAUUAUGAACCCAUCACUGUGAACUGAAAGAAUAUGCAUUAUUCCUGGAGCCAUUGAAUCAUUGCAUCAAACACAUGACUCCCUAGCCCCUCUCCAAAACCUUUGCACCCUCAAUUAAAUUUUGAGGUCAGUCAUUGUUGAUAUCCUUUUUUCUAUUUCUCCCUUACAAAUUGUCUUUUUUUGUUUUUUGUUUUAUUAAAAUUUUUUUGUUUCAUGUUUCCCAGAUUGCCUUGCAGAUUUGUCUGACUUGGUACUCCCCCCCCCCCUUCACCUUGUUUCCUCAUUAUUACCACUGGGCUUAUGCUAACAGAGAGUGUAUAUUAAUGAUGAUUGUGUUGGUGAUCAAUGAGAAAAUAGAUAAUCUAACAACUGAAUGGUCAUUUAUGUAAGAUACUACACCGACUAUUGAGUGACCUACAGUGUUUGCCUUAUGGAAAUUAUACAUGAAAUCACAAUAUUUUGUGGGUAUUUAUGAAUAGUGAUAAUGUGGUACAGGCGAUCAUGUGACCUGUUGAAAAUAGUCCAUCUGGUGGGCAUGUGAAGUGUCACCCUUUGAUCACACACACACCAACUGACACACAUGUAUGGCUUUUUUAGUUUAACUGUGUAGCAGUGAACCUGCUAUGAAUGAUGUCAAAAUGUAUAAAAAGAAAAAACAAAACAGGUGGGUGGUGAUGGCGUCGAUCUUAUCUACCACUGUAUGUAAUUUUGGGGGAGUUUAUACUAAGGUGUCGCAUGUAGACUCCCUCACUACCCGAGCCUUUUUAGCCCCCUCUGUUCAAAGUGCUCUGUCUAGUCCCCCUUUGCAUUGCUGUAGUGUUCUCAGCUGUGUCACACCCCUACCCCGCUCCCCGUGCUCUUCUUCCCCCAGUGUAAAUAUAUGCAGUUCAGAGGCCACGGCGGUGACUUCAAGUUGCUUCACGCCGAACAACAUCCCCACAAAGCCUCCACUACGCUCCAGCCUUCUGAAGCAGGAAGAGACUGUCCACUGACAACAACAUCUUCUGUUUCAAAGCUGCAGCUCCAUCCUCUUUGUCGCUUGUUGAUAGCAUGUACUGGUUAGAGAUGUUCCUAUUGUGAGUCCAUACACUCCCUCCUUCCCUCACUCCCUGCACUGUGUCUGUUUGACUCUGCAAGAUUACCUGCUUUUACUUUUUUGGUGUUAAUAAUACUACUGAUGAUGAUGAUGAUGUUAAUAAGUAUUUGAAUAACUAUGAAUAGUAAUUACAUGUGAGAAAAAAAAAUGAACAAAAUCCUGAUGGUAAAGAGACGUACGUGGGAAAAAUAGUUUUUUUGUACUUUACUCACACAUUGAACAACUUCAAUGAAAAAAUAACAAAAAACAAAAAAUGGUGUAAAGUUUUCGAAGUGAUGUGCUCUAUUUUGCCAUGACAAGCUUUUUAAAAACAUAUUUGAAACUCUUUGAGGGAUCAUUUCAUUUGAGUCCAGAAGCGGUGACUGGUGAUGUAAUUUAUCAUUUACAACAGUUUAUGUAUUUGACUGUCUUUGUCACGCUGUUAACUGCGUCAAACACACAUUUACAGCACAUUUGUCCACUUGUCACAGUGCAUCCUCUCCAACCAGCUAGAUAAAUGAUUUGGAUCCAUGUUAGUUUCUGGUCGUGUCUGUGAGUCGGUUCUUGUUCGGCCGGACCACGGGGAGAUAAAGAUGUAAUUAGCCAUUACCUGCGGUUGGCUAAGUGAUGGAGCCCAGGCUCCACCUGUCCUUCCCACCGCUCAGUUAUGCCCCCCAUAAAUCAAGCUCAAUCCUACCACUGACAGGAAUCCUCUUCAAGGACAACCUCGCCUCGGUGCGGCAGUACUCCCUCCAGUGCGUACCUGUGACAUGCAGGCACGGGCACUACAAAACCUCCCAUGGCACAAUUAUUCAGCCACUUCUUCUCCACAGCACAAACAGAGGGAGGAAAGCCUGUAUUUCAACACCUCCUCUAGAACACUGUCCCACUCAGAUGCAGCGACUAUAUGCAAACAUGCCAUAACAAGCCUGCAUGGAGGGAUGAGUACACCCCGACUGAACCAUGUCUACUUCGACCUGAAAGGGAAUAAAUGUCUGAAUGUGUUGUAUUCUUUUGAAUUUUGUUUCAAACCAGCAAUAACCCCUCAUUUUACUGUGCAAGAGAUAUCAGUCAUGGUUAAUGCUGUGGUGUAAUAUCUGAAAUUAUCUGCCAUUAACAAGCUCAUAUCAAAUAAGCCUGUUGUAUUCUUCUUGUGCACAGACCACUGAAAUGAUGGUGAUGCUCUGUUAAAAUGGCUCUUUGUACUACAAUACAUGUUGUAUCAAAGAAGUCUAGCUUUCUGGAAUGAAUUUGGAUGAUCUGUGUGACAAAACUCCCAUGAUGCAUGAACCUUGUUUGUUCCCAAAACAGCAAUGGAUGCCAUAUGAAGCACAAGAGCAGGUCGUUUGGUCUGUGCUAUUGUUUUUCUUUUGUCUCCAAUCACAUUUCCAUCCUUUCAAUAUCUCUAUCAUUCCUGUAUUUUCUUUUUCUUUGUCACUCAAAAACUGCUUGUUCCAUGUCAACAUCCCACUGGAUUUAUCAGUGGCAUAUAACAUCUGUAUGUACAUAAUAUGUCCUUGAUGAAGUUAAAAAAAAUAUAAAAAAAAAAAAACAAAUGAAGGAAAGAAAGUAACAUACUGUCAUGUUUGUUAGUGUGGGUUAGAAAAUAGCAUGUCAGUAUAAUUGUGUAUGGGUGGAUUUUGAAAAAAAAAUUAAUUUGUUGUGUUCAGGUUUUCCAGUAAAAAGUCUGAAGGGAGAGGAACUUGAGCAAUUUAACCUGAAAAGGUGGAGUGGUUUUAGCAGAAUGUGAGCAUUUGUACCAACUAUGUGUAUUUUAAUAUAACAUUUUUUCAGAGGUAGUUAUGCAGGUAGAGUACUGUGCAAGUUUAAAGAUCCGGUAAAAGAGAAACGUAAAGUUUCUUUUAAAAUGCAGUUCUCCUGAGAACACUGGUGCACAUUAUCUUGGCAUUUAGCCUCUGUCAAUGCUAAUUCUAAGGUUAAGGAGGCGACAGCAUUCCUUGCAUGACUCUCUGUUCUCCUUGUUGCUAAUGUUACUACUUAACAACUUUUACGGCAGCUGCAAUUAUGUUUUGAUAAAACAAUCUAAACAGCUAAAGUAAGAGCCUUUGCACAGUGCUGUAUAUGAGUCACACUUGUGGUACAACAGAAAGACUACAGAGUGUCGGCAAGAAGGCAACAGCUACCCCCGGGUGUACAAUUUUAGGGUAGAUGAGGUUCCUGCUGAGAGAGCGCCUGGUCCAACGAGCCUGUGGGAGGAUACCCUGACAAUACAAAUCCAAAAUCUGAAAGCCAGAGGGAGAUGGGAUGACACUAACCAGACAUUGAACUCUCCACUUAGAGGAAAAAGACAGACAGGCGCUCAUAUUGCAUUUCCAAACUUGAGCACUGUGGUCUUCCCUAAGGGAAGGUGUUGCACACACUAUUUAUGUCUUCACCAUGUAAUGUGAAUAUCAUUAACAUAGCCUUCAUCACAAACACAGGCUGGCCUAUUUCAAGUGUGUAAAUAACACCCCAAUUGGGGUUCAAUGAGUUUACAAUGAUAUAAACAAGAUGAUUCCUAAUUGCAUGCGGUGCACCCUGAUGAGAAAGUGUUGAUUGGCUCCUGUAGCUAAAGGUUAUGAUGAUCUGUUUACAGAAUUUUUGUUAGCAACAUGCCAUGAGAUUUGUUUAGAGUUCACGGAUUUAAUGCCAGCAAAUGUAUAGUAUUGCACUUAAAUGGCUGCACUUUCCUUAGUUUUGUAUUUUGGUAAGAUUAGGAUAAGAAGUCUUAAAUUAUUAGUUGCAUUUUCAUAUCACUUUCUGUUAAUAUAUCUUUUGUGAUAUUAAAUGUUUUAAGAUCAGGGAGAGGACAGUUCUUGUACCAAGAAGUGUCAUUUAGUUGAGCUCUUUCGGGUGCAAGGAAAGGUACUAAACUGAAGAGCUGCAGUAAAAGAGUCCAGUUAUUAAUUUUGCUUUAACAUAAAGAUUUUAGAAAAGCAAAUUAACAAUAAGCUCAUUCAGAUAAGGUGUGAAUGUAUUUCUUUGUUUGUUUGAUGUCAGUAGGCUCAAACUGUAAUCUUUCUUACAACACCUUCCCUGCUUAGAACAGGAAGGGACAGACUUUCAAUUCAGAAGGCAAUGGUUAAUCAAUACAUUCGACUGAAUGGCUUUGGAAUAGAGCAAUUUCUCCCCAGCCUCAGAAUCUGGAUUGAUCAGGUGUCUAUGAAGCAGCCUUAGAACAGAGAGCAUAAUUCAUCAUGCCUGAUACAAGACACUCCUAAUUGCACAUUGAUUUUAAGCCCUUCUCUGCAACUAUUUGGGCAAGCUGUAAUGUCAGCUCAGUAAACUAUGUGUUCAGAGCCAUGACUCAGAUCCAGGGAAUGAAGAAUUAAUCAUUUGUCUUUUCAAGUCGAUCCAGGCUGGUAUUUGUUGUUUGUUUUGCAACUAAAUACACUGUUAAAAGUGUUAAAAUUGCAUGUGCAAUUUAGUGGGUGUAAUAUUUUCAAUAAUAUAUCAGUAAAGACGGAUUUAACUUGGAGACUAAGCAGUUGCCAGUGUCAUAGCUAUUGUUAAAGGGGCUUAUAUCCUGGCAUAUAUAAGCAUAAAGGGUACGUGCGCCGCACAAUAAUAUUAAAUUGUACGUAACAGAUUAAGUUUUAUUUAUGAGAAAUUGCAGAUGUUUCACCACCAGAGUCAGUAUACCAAAAGGAUAUGAUACACUAGAGUGACAAUUACAUAUGUGAUUAUUAUUAUUCCAAAUCCCCUGCUCAUGUCCUUUAUUGCAAAGCAUGCCUAAUUCCCAUAUAUUAUCCUAAUUAUCCAUUGUUUACCAACUAUCUACAGGCUCAUUUAGCUCUCAUGGGCAAAGUCAGUGUUGCAAACGUAUUAAGUUCCAGUGCUGAUUCAUUACCAAAGCUAAUGUAUGCAUUGGUUUACAGCAUGCUAAACAGCAUUAUGAUGAGGCAGAUCUUCAUGACAUUAGCACUGAAUCAUAGAUAGAUAGAUAGAUAGAUAGAUAGAUAGAUAGAUAGAUAGAUAGAUAGAUAGAUAGAUAGAUAGAUAGAUAGAUAGAUAGAUAGAUAGAUAGAUAGAUAGAUAGAUAGAUAGAUAGACAAAACCUCAGCUUGCUUCAAAGAUGUUGGCCCACAGAACCGCAGGUCUCAACCUUUUAUUCACUGCAGCCACAGAUGGUGUCCUGUCAAUCAAAUACCCCUCUAAGAACAGGAGCGUCUGCCUAAUUAACAGCUUGCUGCACUCCACCAGCUGAGCAACAGCAACAUUCACACAGACCCGGCAACACAAAGGACACAUCUCGCCCACCAUGUCUCCCCUAGUCAUUAAGUCGCCCACCGAUCACAUCUCCAACAUAGAAAAAGCCCAUUACUUGGCCUCUGUGAAUUACUAUCCCACGCUUAGCAUUUUCCUUGUCAAUCAACCGAUGAAUAAAUAUUGGUUGUGGUGCUGAGAACUGACAGGGAAAAAGUUGGAUGUCUUUCACAAGUGACAGCCUCAACUGGUGUUUUUGUGCUGAUUAAUAUUGUAGUCAUGAGACAGAAGGGAUGCCAGACUGAGGUGAAGUCGCAGAUGCAGCAGUGUUGUGUAAGCUGCACUGGAAGCUGGGAUACGUGACAGGAUAUGUUAUAGGGACUGGUCAGAGGCUGCGUGCUGCAGGAGGAAAAAUAGCUGCUGGGUGCAGAAAUGGAAAAUGUCUCAUUUGGAAACUAAUACCAGACUUUACUAAAAGAGAUUCACAGUGUACAAUUGCAGGAAUGAGCUGACUUUGGUUAAUGUUGAAUGUGGAGCCCAUCUCUCUCUCUCUUCUUACUCUUUUUCUGCUUUUUCUCUCUCUGAACACACACACACACACUUAUUCUUCUUUGGAAUUGCCAUCUUCCGUUUCUUUUUGUAGAUAAUCUGUAAAAAUGCUCUCCAACCCCUUAGUGCUGCAGGUCUGUUCACUCUGCUGUCGUUAUUAUAAAUAGUGUGUGUGUGAAUAUGAUUGUGGGUACUCCAGUGUGCAUUACGCUCAACCAUGAGCAGUUCAAGGAGCCUCAAGUGUAAGCAGUAAGUGUGCAUCUGUGUGUUUAUAUGUGUAUUCUCUGAUUUUCCACAGGGCAGGUUGUGUGGUUCAUUCGUAACACACAGCUGGAUUACAGGCAUUUAUUAUAGACAUUUAUAUAUGUCUUGAGAUUUUAUCAAUGUAACCACAGAAAACAGAAUAAAAGCAAGAAAGCAUUUGUCUUCCACCAUGACAGAUGUUCUGUGCGGUCAACUGAUGAUUGUACUUCCUUUAAUACAUUUAGUUGCUGAAUUUGUUUUUCUUUGUAUUUUUUAUUUUUAUUUAAUUUCAUUUCAGUGUUGUCCUUUUUUUUCAAAAUCCAUGAAGUGGAGUUAAACUGAUAUCAAGUGGAGGGAGUCAAAAAAAUAAAACUGUUUUGUUUUUAACAGAACUUAUUGUGUGUGGUUUGUUGCUGAAAGCACAGCUGUGGCGAGAAAAGAGUUGAGGUCAGGUGAUUGGUUCCCCUUUGUUUUGGUUCCUGCUGAGUAAAUAGCCCGAGCGUUUGUUGUUUGCACAUUUGUCUGUUUUUUUCCAUAAUAUUUACCAUAAUGUCUGCUAUAUCUGUCAAAUGGAGGGUUUUGCUGUCAUGAGGACUUUCCUCUUCUUGUCAGAGCCAAACAUCUGUGUCUUCUCAUCUUUAAAGUUAAACACACCUGCACAUAAUUAGUCAUAAAUGAUCAAAUUCGUUCAAACUGUCUUUGGGAGCAAAUAUUAUCCAAUUAAUUAUGAAUACACAAUUUAAACAGUAAUGAUGUUGUCAAAAUCUGUCUAGAUAGGGAACUCUUCUAAAAUUAUUAAAUAAAAAUCUCACAUGAACGAUCAUGUUAAUAACAGCUCUGCUGAUAACUGGACAAAGUUACAAAAAAGGAUGAAAAAACUUAUAAAUAGGAGCAGUAUUAAUGUUGGAUAAAUAGUCAGUAUAGAGUUUGAAUUAGCUCAUGGUACUUAAGUACUGCUAGAGGGUAGAUGCAGUGAAUGUAUUUAUCCAUCCAUCCAUCAAUCCUCUACUGGCAGCUGAGAGCAUUUUAUUGUUAUUUAACUCUGUAUCUACUUUUUCUUCCAGUGUGUUAUUCUACAGUCAAUCAUGGUAUAGCUGAUAUCUUUAAGCAGCUUACCAGCAUAUGCUAUUAUCCAGAUUUUAUUUAAAGUAGGGUAGUAAAAUAUUCUGCUUUGAUUUUAUUUAAAAUACCCACAACUACUAAUCUUAAAACUGUACAAAGCUAAGAUCGACGUAGGUAGUGAGAGUUAAAUUUUAUGUCAAAUUAUUUGCCAUGAUAAAACUCAAGGCUGUACAAUGACUUUGUUCAUCAUUCUGUGAAUAAGGCUCCUCACAUACUGUAUAUAUGCUAGAUGCAGCUAUCACUUUGGCUAGUACUGUAUGUCACCAUGUUGUAGUUGCUAACAGAUCCCUCCUGCACUACAUGACAUGAAUGGAUUCAGAUGACCCCACCAGUUUCCAUUAUAGCCCUGACACCACACAGAAGCUGGUGUUCUACAGAUUCGUAGAAAUACCCAGCCAUACCAUUGAAUUUGAUCAAUAAGUAUCUUGUAACAAAUAAAAAACAUCUUGUAGACAUGUUGACAAAGUCAAACACCUGACUUUUAGGCUUUAAAAUUCUAACACCGAAGUUAAAUCUACCCUAAAUCAAGUUUGCUCAGUAAAUCCAUUUCCACCUCUAAAACUGGCAAAGAAACCACUGAACACAUGGAUGUAAAAGAUAAUGUCUGUGAGUGUGGGUGGUGUAUGUUGUUAGUGUGUGAAAUGUAAAAUGUGUUUGUAAUAAUGCAAUGUUUUCCACAUCAUAUUAUGAAAUGUCUGUCUCACAGUAUCACUAAACAUUACAAAUGGGUCACAACUGUUCCUGUUUUUUUUUUUGUUUUUUGUUUUUUUUUUAGUUAUUAGACCUGUAAGAACCAAAGUAAUGUCCCUUUAAAUAACUGCAAUUAUAGUGUCUCUUAGAGUGACACUUCUCAUUUCCAUUAAGCAAAUGAAAUUUCUUUCAAUUAAAUUUGUAAACAGAGGACUUUUUCAUCAAGUUCAAACUCCAAAGUUCCUUUUUCUAGUUUUGAUGAUGAGAAUUUCACCUAACAUUUCUCCCCUCAAAGGGCACAUAUUUGAAUUCAUUAUACAGUAGCUCAUUAGAGCAUGCAGGACAUUUAUAUUCAGUUCUAGCACAAAAAAAAAAAAAAAAAAAAAACAAAGACAAAAAAAACUCAACCAACCCAAGUCAAAACAAGAGUUUGGGGAUUUAUCAGCACAUUCUGCAAGUAUUCUGAACAGGAAGAACUAACUUUCCAUGUUUUUGCUUGAAUAUUGUGUGAUAUCUUUUUACUUGUAUGAAGUUUCUUUUACAUGUCAUGGUUUAUUGUUUUUACUCCCUUUCUGAAAAUUCUAAAAAUAAUUUUAAUGCUCUAUUAAAGUUUCAUCCUUGCUAAAAAAGGGAAAUAGAGAAGUCUACAAUUACAAUAGCCCUAUUGCACUGUUGUUCCAUCAGCAUGCACAAAGUCCCCCUGAUUGUCUGCAAAAAUACAGAGUUUCUUUCAUUUCAUCACUUACAAAUUCAGGUCUGUGCUGAAAGAUGACCUAUUAAAAGGAUUUAAUCUCA